AUGUUUGAGGUUACUGUGUUUCACAACGAACACACAUGUAACUUGGAUUCUAGACAUUCUGAUCACCGGCAAGCAGCACCGUGGGUCAUUGGUCACAUUAUUAAGAACAAGUACACAUCUGAUGGAUCUAACUACAAAGCAAAAGACAUACAGAGGGAUAUGUUUGAUGAAUAUGGCAUCAAGAUGAGUUAUGAGAAAGCUUGGAGAUGUAGAGAGAAGGCAGUUAUGUACAAGAGGGGUACUCCAGCAGAAUCUUAUACGAAAUUAUAUGGUUACUUCUACAUGCUGGAACAGAAGAAUCCAGGCACUAUUACUGACAUUGUCAGCGAGGAUAACCGGUUCAAGUACUGUUUCUGGUCACUCGAUGCUUGUAGGAAGGGAUUUAAGUAUUGUCGUCCUGUGAUUAGUAUCGACGGAACAUUCUUGAAGACGAAGUAUGGAGGAACACUGUUAGUUGCUGUUGCGUACGAUGCAAACAACCAAUUGUUUCCGGUAGCCUUUGCAAUUGUUGACAGUGAGAAUCAUGACUCUUGGAAGUAUUUCUUGCGGAAGUUGAAGGAAGCCAUUGGUCCGGUUGAAAAUCUUAUGUUCAUAUCGGAUAGGCAUCAAAGCAUUGAACAUGUUGUUGAUGUUGUUUUCCCAGAAGCAUGCCACUGUGCAUGCUUCAAGCAUAUUACUAUGAAUGUCAAUCACAAGUUUAAGACUGAUGUAUGCAACAAGCAAAUAUGGCUUGCAGCUUACGCAUGGAACAAGACGGAAUGUGAUAGGCAUUUUGAGGUGCUGAAACGAGAUGGACCUGCCAUUGCUACAUACGUCGAGCAAAUAGGGUUUGAAAAGUGGGCUCGUCCUUAUUGUCCAGGCGAUCGGUACAACAUAAUGACAAGCAACGCUGCCGAAAGCUUCAACAAGGUGACAGAAGAAUUCAGAAAAUAUCCAGUAACUAUUUUGGUUGACUUCAUCAGGUUCACACUUCAAAAUUGGUUUGCUUCUCGUCUCGAAAAGGCUAGUAAGUGCGCUACUCCUUUGGCUACUACUUUUGAAAAUGAUUUAAAGGAUCAACACAAAGAUGGUAUGUUCAGGAGUGUCCUUCGUAAUGGUGCCCAAUUGUUCAACGUUGGUACGAGUCCUCAAGGUGAGAGAGGUGGUGAUGUGAACUUAGUGGAGAGAACAUGCACUUGCGGACUUUUCCAAAUGCUGAAAAUCCCUUGUCCACAUGCAUGUGCCGCAGCAGUUAGUCAGAAUGUGAGCGUGUACACACUUUGCUCUCCAUAUUACACUAAAGAAACGUGGAAGAAAACCUACGAUGCCACAAUUAAUAUUGUUGGCGAGGAGGAUGAGUGGGUACUACCGGAACAUAUCAAGAACAUAAGAAUCGGGGUACCAGUGGAGAAAAAACCAGUAGGUCGGCCUAGGAAGAGCAAUGCAGGUAGAAGACCGACGAAGCGUCGACCGUCUAGUGGUCAGGUGGUAGUGGAACCUCGUCAUUGUUCGCUAUGUCACGGUUCAGGGCACAACAGAGCUACAUGCAAAGCUCGAGUUUGA